AUGUCUAAAAAACGAUGUUUUUUAGACGUAAAUGCCGAAGGCAAGCGACUCGGUCGGAUAGUAUGCGAGGUUUAUAAGUAUUUGUAUUUUUUGAAGUUGUGUCGAUAUUGUAUUAUAUUAAUAUGACAUGUUAUAUAUUGAAAGCAAUUGAUAUUUGAUUUUUUUAUUUUUAGCUUCAUGCAGAUAUUGUACCUAAAACUGUAGGUUAGUAAUUUUUUGACAGCUAGGUUCUAUUUCUAUAGACUUGUUUGGGGAACGAGGCCAAAUAUGACCAUUUUCCCCCUGGGCGGCUAUGAUGACAUAGAAGUGCCCCUUUGCACAAGUUGUUGCAAGUCUGCUAACAAGUUGUUACAAAUCUGUUCACAAGCUGUCAACAAGUUGUGUUCCCACUGCUUGCAUGUUCCUAGUUGUUGUAACAAGUUUGGACCAAGCUGUUGACAACUUGUAACAAGCUUGAUGGCAUUAUCAGAUUUGUUACAAGGUUGUUCCUAACAAGAAUGUUACAAGGUUGACCACACAAGGUUGUAACAAUAUUGUUAUAUCGGAUCAAUGACUGUAUGGGACUUGUUGGAACAACCUUGCAACAAGUCUGAUAAUAUCAACAAGGUUGCAUGUUACUAUAGUUGUUAACAGCUUGUUCCAACCUUGUUGACAACUUGGCACAGGUGAUGCAAAUACAACUUGUUGAUGGGUUAAUUUGGCUACAAGUGUGAGAUUUUUGCGUGUGUACAUGGGCAUACAUAUUGAGCCUCGACCAGUGGCAUCAUAGUCAAGGGGGGGGGGGGGGCUGUCUCUUGUUCAAUUGUACUAUUCCUCUGUGCAAAGGAGGCUGUCUGAGUCACAAUCCAGUUACAAGUGAUCUGAUAUCUGUCUUUCCGUAGAAAACUUUCGAGCACUCUGCACAGGUGAAAAUGACUUUGGCUACAAGGGAUCAACAUUUCACAGAAUAAUUCCAGGAUUUAUGGCUCAGGUAAUAGCGAGAGGCAAUUGUAUUAUUUCAAUCCGACAGAUUUACUUUUAUUUCCACAAAGUCACUGGCACUUUGCGAAACCAUCAACAGACUUUGCAGACCAUGCAGUCAACAAUAUUUCAAGGUAAAGGUAAAAUAAUUUGUAACAGCAAUUGUAUAACCAUUUAGGGUGGUGAUAUCGCUGGGAACGAGCAUGGAGAAAAAUCAAUAUAUGGUGAAAUGUUUCCUGACGAGAAUUUUGCAUUGAAACAUACAGGACCAGGUAAUUUUCAAAUGUCUAUUAACUCAUAGAGUGGCACCACUCUCCCCUUGAUGAGUAAAUUGUAUGGCGUUAUAUAUAGAUAGAGUAAAAUUUUUUGCACAUUGGGGCACAUUAUGCAUCUUAUAUAAUAUGUUAAGUUGUGCUACACACAUCUGAGUACAACAAUUUCACCAUGCAGACCUUUAAUGGAGAAUAGUUUACAAUUUAACAAGCUUUUCAGCCAUGUUUGGGAAAAUUUUGACUAUAGCGACAUUGUGUUGAAAUGGCAAUAUGUGGACAAUGAAAUGCUUUUUAUUAGUUAAAUAUCAUGGUUAAAUAUGUAAACAUGUCGAGGUCAUUAUACAGCCAUAUUAACAAAUAUACUGUACUUGAACAAGCAAAUUUACUGUACUGUGCUACACCAACUGUCUAGUCACACAUACGUGAUAAAAUGCCGAUUUAAACUUAUAAACAAAAGAUAAUGUAAAACGUAACAGAACGGCAGACAUGCAGCUAAUCAGCCAUUCCAAAUGAUGGUAAUGUUGGGAUGGUAGCGUUGCAGACAGCAGAGGAGAGUGGUCAGUAAGGCUCCCUCAUGCACCUGCUCAGUCCCAUCCUUGCAGAUGUGGCUAAAUCCGCUCCUGUUUUACAGUAUAACUUCUGCAGUGUAUAUAAGAAAUCAUGUUGGAAAUUUUCUCUUAAGUUUGUUUAGUUUUAACUUAUUCUGGACACUAAAUGUUGUCUAGGUAUUCUUUCAAUGGCCAACAGGGGUGAAAAUACUAACAGCUCUCAGUUCUUCAUAUCCACCAUCAAGACGCACUGGCUGGAUGGUAAACAUGUCGUCUUUGGUAAAGUAAUUGAAGGAAUGAAG